AUGAGAUUUUCUUUCUCCUUAGAAUCAAGUCAAGAAAAACCCAAUAUCCAGAGCCGCUCCCCCACUAGUUGCUCGACCCCAACACGGCGCCGAUCCACCCAACAAGCAAUUUUCCCGAGGAUCUUGAUUGGAGGGAGAAGGGAGCGGUUACUCCCGUCAAGAAUCAGAGAAACAGAUCCCGCCGUCGCUCUAAAUGAACUCCAGCCGCCGAUUGCCACUCCAGCCUCCAUCAACGAUCCUCCGCAAGGAAUUAAACGAACUGACGAGGCCACACCCACUCCUUUCUCGCCUCUCAGCCCAGCAGAAAAAACCCUCCCGGAUCUCACCCCUCCAUUCAUCGCUUGA